GCUAACGCAACAACAGUAGGAAACCCACCUGUGCCGCUGCGUCUCAUUCAUUUCUUCGGGUUUUAUUUCGUUUCUUUGCACCUGUGUUCACCCGCGGCUCGCUCCCGCGUGUGCUCGUGUCCCAUGCGCGCUCCCGUGCUGGUGACGCUGUGUGUGUGUGUGUGGGUGCUGAGCGAUGCGGCGGCUCGUCAGUUCACUGAGGAGGAGAUGGCGGCAAUCAGGCAGCGCAUCAAGUCCAUGUUCUACCACGCCUACAACAGUUACCUCGACAACGCUUUCCCCUACGACGAGCUCCGCCCACUCACCUGUGACGGACAGGACACCUGGGGCAGCUUCUCGCUCACGCUGAUCGAUGCUCUCGACACUCUGCUGGUUUUGGGGAACCGGACCGAGUUCCAGCGCGUGGCGUCGCUCCUUCAGGACACGGUGGACUUCGACAUCGACGUCAACGCGUCCGUGUUCGAGACCAACAUCAGAGUGGUGGGGGGGCUGCUGUCGGCUCACCUGUUGGCGGGCCGGGGGGGGUUGGAUCUGGAGCCCGGGUGGCCGUGUUCAGGACCCCUGCUGAAGAUGGCCGAGGACGCCGCCAGGAAACUGUUGCCAGCGUUCCAGACGGCCUCCGGCAUGCCGUACGGCACGGUGAACCUGCGGCACGGCGUCCUGCCCUCCGAGACGCCGGUGACCUGCACGGCCGGCGUGGGAACCUUCAUCCUGGAGUUCUCCACGCUGAGCCGGCUCACCGGGGACCGGGUCUACGAGGAGGCGGCCCGCCGGGCCCUGAGGGCCCUGUGGGGGACCCGAUCGGACAUCGGGCUGGUGGGGAACCACAUCGACGUGCUCUCUAAGAAGUGGGUCGCUCAGGACGCCGGCAUCGGAGCCGGGGUGGACUCGUACUUCGAGUAUCUGGUGAAAGGAGCCAUCCUGCUGCAGGACGAGGAGCUGCUGGACAUGUUCCUGGAGUACGACCGGGCCCUCCAGAACUACACCCGCUUCGACGACUGGUACCUGUGGGUCCAGAUGCACAAGGGGACCGUCUCCAUGCCCGUGUUCCAGUCCCUGGAGGCCUUCUGGCCCGGCCUGCAGUCCCUCUUGGGGAACCUGGACGGCGCCGUGAGAACCUUCCAGAACUAUUACUCUGUGUGGAGACAGUUCGGAGGCCUGCCGGAGUUCUACAGCAUCCCUCAGGGCUCCACGGUGGACAAGAGGGAGGGGUACCCCCUGAGACCGGAGCUGAUCGAGAGCGCCAUGUACCUGUUCAGGGCCACCGGAGACCACACCUACCUGCAGCUGGGCCUCGACGCGCUGGAGUCCAUCGAGAAGAUCAGCAGGACGCCCUGCGGAUACGCCAGCGUGAAGGACCUGCGCGACCACCAGCUGGACAACCGCAUGGAGUCCUUCUUCCUGGCUGAGACGGUCAAGUACCUCUACCUGCUCUUUGACCCCGCCCACUUCCUGCACGGCGGGGGGGCGGAGGGGGACGGCUCGUGGGAGGAGGGCGGCGAGGGCGGCCGCUGCGUGUUGGGCGCCGGCGGCUUCGUCUUCAACACGGAGGCCCACCCGCUGGACCCGGCGGCGCUGGCCUGCUGCGGGCGCCACGCCCACGACCGCCGGCAGCUCCGGGACGUCCUGCUGGGCCUGGCGGAGCCCACGGGCCAAUCGCGGCCCGGGAAGGCGGAGGCUCCGCCCCCCGGCCAAUCGGAGAGCAUCGCUCUGAAAGCGGGCGAGAGGAAGACGCCCCCGCUGUCCUGCCCCGUGCAGCCCUUCAGCGCCCGGCUCGCCGUCCUGGGACAGGUCUUCACCGACGGCACCUGAACUCGUCAUCGUCAUCGAUUGGAUCUCUGGACGACAGACAAACAGAAACAGGAUGUUGAGUUUGUGGAAAGAACUAAAACAAACAAUAUUCCAUAAUCGUUCCAGAAAGAAGAUUAUUUGUGUUUUGUUGUAAAGUAAAACAAGAAGUCACCGAUUUCACCUGAAGCUGAAAUAUAUUUUUAUUUAUUAAAAAUUCUGUGAUUUGU